AUGUUCCUCGGUGGAGAGUGCGGCAAGCGCCUGGUAGCAACUAUUAUUGACGAGACGGCUAGCAAAACUCCUGAUCUUGAGUGCAUGUCAAUUCCACGGAGCAACAAUCCCAGCGAUGGAUGGAAACCCGUGACCUGGGCUGAGGUCGCCAAUGCCGUCAAUUAUGUGGCAAAUAUGCUGAUUACACAGGGUGGGCAUCCAGCGCCUGGCAUAUUCCCCACAGUGGCGUAUAUCGGCUUGGAGGACCCGCGUUAUCCCAUCUUCGUGAUCGGUGCCAUCAAAGCCGGCUACCAGGCCCUACUCAUCUCGCCUCGCAACUCGAUCGAGGCGCAACUGAACCUGUUCGUCAAGACAGAUUGCAACAUAUUAUAUCAUGAGCAGCAGUAUGCGUCAAUGGUACAUCCGUGGGUGGGUGCAAAGCCAGGAAUGAAGAGUAUGGCUGUAACUCCAUUUGAGGAGUGGGUUGCGGAUGGAGUCGCACCGGUUCUGUACGGUAAGACAUUCGCCGAGGCAGAAUGGGACCCUUAUAUGGUAGUGCACACGAGUGGCAGUACUGGCCUUCCUAAACCUGUAGUUGUACGGCAGGGUAUGGUCGCUUCGAAUGAUCUUCAUCGUUACAUACCGGCGCGCAAUGGCAACUUACCUUGGCUUCCGACAUGGGCCGGUUUUCCCAAUCCGCGCCACCUGCUUGUUAUGCCCUUGUUUCAUGCUGGAGGCUUCAUGGUCGCCACUUUGUGCGCUUUCUACUAUAAUAUGCCGAUAGCAUUCCGGGACCCCUCUCGACCGAUCACAGGUGAUAAUGUGGUCAAGUGGCUGCAAAACAGUAACCCUGGGUGGACGGUCAUACCGCCGGCCAUAUUGGGCCAUAUGUCCCGUUCGCAGCAGGCAGUCGAGGAGCUUCAAAAACUGCAUAUUGUGGGCUUUGGGGGAGCUAACCGGACAAUCCCAUCAGGGGCUAUUGCCCCCGACACGCCCGACCGACUGGUAAAGCAUGGUAUCAAGGCGGUCAAUAUCAUUGCAACUACCGAUCGUGGUAGGUUUUCUUUCUUUCCAUAUUACUCUCAACCAGACCCCGCCAUGUGGCCAUGGUUUAUCAUUCCAAGCGAUAUGAUGGGUAUUGAAUGGCGGUUGGUUGGGGAAGAUACGUACGAGCAGGUCAUAGUGCGCAAGGAAAGUCACCCCGGGCUACAGGCUUGCUUCUAUACAUUUCCCCAGCUUGACGAGUUCAGUACCAAAGACCUGUACCGGCCGCACCCGACCCUGGCAGACCACUGGACAUACGUCGGGCGUGCUGACGAUAUCAUCGUCUUCUCCACGGGAGAGAAGCUUAACCCCGUGACAAUUGAAGGUGCCAUUAUGGGCCAUCCAGAAGUGUUGAGCGCGCUGGUUGUUGGAAGUACGCAAUUUCAUGCUGCGGUAAUAAUCGAGCCGAUUCAGCAUCCCAAGAAUGAGGAAGCAAAGAAACUUUUUCUUAACAAAGUUUGGCCAACUAUUGAAAAGGUCAAUGCUGAAACGGUUGCACAUGGCCGUAUCUCCCGCGAUUAUGUCUUUUUGUCAGAUUCACAGAGGCCAUUUCCUCGUGCAGGCAAAGGCACCAUUCAGCGCUCUCUGGUGGAAAGGUUAUAUGCGAAAGAUAUUGAAAUAUCUUUCGGCAACAGCGACAAUUCGGUAGUGGCUACGGAGCUUGAUAUCACUUCCGAGACAGCAUUUUUGCGUUCCGUUCGCCAAUUAGUCCAGAGAAUUUUCAAAUCCCAUAACUUGGACACAGACAAAGAUUUCUUUACCGCCGGCAUGGACUCACUGCAAGCAAUCCAACUCUCACGCGCGCUGGUUGUCAGUUUAAAGAAAUUGGGGGUGACGGUCAACGAGCAGGCGGUAGAAUCGAGGGUUAUCUUUGCCCAUCCGACGAUCACGCAGCUAGCAGCAUAUGCCUUCUCCCUGGUCUGCGCAAGCCGAACACAUAAUGGCCCAACCUAUGGUGCCGGUGUGAUAGCGGAUAAAGCAACCAUAUGCAGAGCACUCGUCGACAAAUACAUUCACAACCUUCCAGCUCCAGUACCCAAUAAGCCAGCUCCGGCAGACAAGGGACAAGUCGUUGUUAUAACGGGCACAACGGGUGCCCUGGGAUCAUACUUGUUGGACUUUGCCUUGAAAUGUCCCAAUGUUAGCAAGGUCGUUUGUUUCAACCGCUCUGUGAAUGGUUUAGAGCGCCAGAUUGAGGCAAGCACGUCCCGAGGAUUAUCGACUGAUUUCUCCCGGGCCGAGUUCCUGCAGGUUAACCUUGCAGUGCCAGACUUGGGCCUUGCGCGCGAGGUAAAUAACCGACUGGCUGAUGAGGUAGACCGUGUGAUUCACAACGCUUGGCCUGUCAACUUCAACAUGUCCGUGAGGUCUUUUGAGCCGCAUAUCCGCGGUGUACGUCACCUGGUCGAUUUCAGCGCACAAGCCGCUCGCAAAACUGUGCCCAUAACAUUUAUUUCAAGCAUUGGAACAGUUGAACGACGGGGGAAUCCGCAGGUGCCUAUUCCCGAGCAAGCCCUACCAGAUUGGUCCCUCGCAACAAUGGGGUACAGCCAGUCCAAGCUCGCAAGCAGCAUGAUUCUCGAUAAAGCUGCCGAGGUAUCGGGUGUGCCUGGUGUUAUAGUACGGGUUGGUCAAAUUGCAGGCCCGCGUGGCGAGAAAGGGAAAUGGAAUCCGCAAGAGUGGCUUCCAAGCUUAGUUCGAAGUUCUGUCCACCUAGGUGUCCUACCUGACUCCCUUGGCACAUUUGAUGAUAUGGGCUGGGCACCAGUGGAGGACAUUGCGAAUGUGGUACUGGAUGUUUCGGGUGUGACAUCCCUUUGGCCAGUAGAAGAAAUUGCCGGAUACUUCCAUGCGCUCAAUCCAAAUGCUACCAACUGGUCUAGCCUCAUACCUGUCCUGCGUGAUUUCUACGGCGGGAGAAUCCAAAGAGUUGUCUCAUUGGAAGAGUGGAUCCAUGCACUUGAAAAGAGCCAGGUUCAUCCUAUGAUGGAUGAUAACCCGGCGGUGAAGUUGCUCGACACAUAUCGAUCGGCAGCAGAGGGCGCAAAUAUGGGAAUCAAGGCGGUAUCGCUGGCCACCACACGUACUGAGCUUCAUAGCUUCACAAUGCGACAGAUGGAGGAGGUUUUGCCCGAAUUGAUGAGGCAUUGGUGUACGCAGUGGCAAUUUUGA